AUGGCUUCUUCAAGCAGCAUCACCAUAAGAGCAUCAGCAGGGAUAGCUGAUAGGGUGUCGUGGUACUGUGCCAUAGUCCUGUUGGCUUUAAUCUUGUUGGGUUCAAUCAGAGAGAGCAGUCUGGCCGAUGAUCCUGUUAGAGGGAACUAUCUGUCGGACAGACCCUGUGAUGAAAUCUAUGUGGUCGGAGAAGGUGAGACGCUCCACACCAUCAGCGACAAGUGCAACGACCCGUUUAUCGUGGAGCGUAACCCGCAUAUCCAAGACCCGGAUGAUGUUUUCCCAGGUUUGGUCAUCAAGAUUAUUCCUUCACAAGCUCGCAAGCUCUUGCGAUAG